GCGGGGCGGGGGGAAAGCUCGCGUGGGCGGGUGCGGCGCCCUGGAUGCUGCGGCGCCCGCUGGCUGGGCUGGCGGGUGCCGCCCUGGGCCGGGCCCUGGGGGACGGGAUGGUGGGACCCAGCCCUGUGGUGCUGAGUGGCCCUUCUGGAGCCGGCAAGAGCACCCUGCUGAAGCGGCUUCUGCAGGAGCAUGGCAGCAUCUUCGGCUUCAGCGUGUCUCACACCACGAGGGACCCGCGGCCUGGCGAGGAGAACGGCAGAGGGCGGUCUGCAGUCCCCUCCCUCCAUGGACCUCAUCAGUCCCCAUAUUACUACUUUGUGACCAGGGAGGUGAUGCAGCGUGACAUUGCGGCUGGAGACUUCAUCGAGCACGCUGAGUUCUCAGGGAACCUGUACGGGACGAGCAAGGCAGCCGUGCGGGCGGUGCAAGCCAUGAACCGAAUCUGUGUGCUGGAUGUGGACCUGCAGGGCGUGUGCAACAUCAAGAAGACCGACCUGCGUCCCAUCUACAUCUCCGUGCAGCCACCCUCGCUGGCCGUGCUGGAGCAGCGGCUGCGGCAGCGCAACACCGAGACGGAGGAGAGCCUGGCGAAGCGGCUGGCCGCUGCCCGGGCAGACAUGGACAGCAGCAAGGAGCCCGGCCUGUUUGACCUGGUGAUCAUCAACGACAACCUGGAUGAGGCCUACGCACAGCUGAAGGGGGCGCUGUCCGAGGAAAUCAAGAAAGCACAGGGGCCAGGCUGGGCCUAAGGACCAGCAUCCGUGUUCCCAGCCUGACGGCUCCAGGUGGGCACUGGCUAGGCACCUUGUGGGUCCUGCAGCAGCCAGCACAGGAGCAUGUGAUGGCCACACGAGGGUCUGCCCCUCAGUGGGUGCAGGCGCCUUCCUCACUCAGCACGUGCUGAGGAGCCCGAGGGGCCCUGCCCACCUCUCGCACCGGAGUGGGCUGACUUCUGAAUAAAGUGAUUCUGGUUGGCA